CUCCAAUCACUGGGCCAUGCUUGACCUAUUUUUGGCUCAGGCUGGCCAUUGUUCUAUUUCUGUUGCCUGUGGGCCACACUGUUGUUGAUUCAUAUGCAAAUGAGUUAUCACUAGCUUCAGCCAACUUUGCAGAGACACAGAGCCAGGGAGAUAGAGAGAGAGGAGAGACGGAGAGGAGAGAGAGAAAGGAGGAGGGCACAGAGACAGAAACACUUGUCAAGGCUGAGGAUGGAGUUUCUGGACGUGAACAGCUCUUUGCUCAGCAAAGAAUGCACAGUAUGAUCAGCUCAGUGGAUGUAAAGUCAGAGGUUCCUGUGGGAUUGGAGCCCAUCACCCCACUGGACUUGCGAACAGAUCUCAGGAUGAUGGUUCCCAUUGUGGACCCAAUUAUGCGCGAAAAGCAGCUCCAGCAGGAGCUACUUCUGAUCCAGCAGCAGCAGCAAAUUCAGAAACAACUUCUGAUUGCGGAGUUUCAGAAACAGCAUGAAAACUUGACCCGACAGCACCAGGCCCAGCUCCAGGAGCACAUCAAGUUACAACAGGAACUCCUCGCCAUUAAACAACAGCAAGAACUCCUUGAAAAGGAGCAGAAACUGGAGCAGCAGAGGCAAGAGCAGGAGCUAGAGAGACAUCGCAGGGAACAGCAACUUCCUCCCCUCAGAGGCAAAGAAAGAGGCCGAGAAAGGGCAGUGGCAAGCACAGAAGUGAAGCAGAAACUUCAAGAGUUCCUGUUGAGUAAAUCAGCAACAAAAGACUCUCCAACUAAUGGGAAGAAUCAUUCCACGAGCCGCCACCCCAAGCUCUGGUACACGGCUGCCCACCAUACCUCACUGGAUCAAAGCUCUCCACCCCUGAGUGGGGCCUCUCCGUCAUACAAAUACACUUUACCAGGAGCACAGGAUGCCAAGGAUGAUUUUCCACUUCGAAAAACUGCCUCGGAGCCCAACUUGAAGGUGCGUUCCAGGUUAAAACAGAAGGUGACAGAAAGGAGAAGCAGCCCCUUACUCAGGCGGAAGGAUGGAAAUGUUGUCAGUUCAUUCAAAAAGAGACUGUUUGAAGUGACAGGAGUUCUGUUUGUACAUCUCUGCCUGCCACUGAGUAACUUGCCAUCUUUGCAGGAAACUCAAGUAAUAAAUUCCCCCUUUGUGCAGAAGGGAUCGAGAGGGGAAAAGAAUGAAACUAUCUAUCUUUUUAAGUCGUCAGUUAGUAGCAGUUCUCCAGGAACAGGGCCCAGCUCACCAAGCAACGGCCCUACUGGAAGUAUGACAGAAAAUGAAACCUCACUUUUGCCAUCUAAUUCUCAAGCUGAGCACUUGGUUUCACAACAACGUAUUCUGAUUCAUGAAGAAUCGAUGAACCUGUUGAGUUUGUAUACUUCUCCUUCUUUGCCCAACAUUACCUUGGGACUUCCAGCGGUACAAUCCCAGUUCAGUGCUUCAUCUUCACUCAAAGAAAAACAGAAGUGUGAGACCCAGACACUGAGGCAGGGAGUGGCUCUUCCUGGACUGUAUGGGGGAAACAUGCCUCCCUCUUCAGCUCAGCCUCAUAUUGCUCUAGAGGGAAAACCUAACAGUAGCCAUCAGGCUCUCCUGCAACAUUUGUUACUGAAGGAGCAAAUGAGACAGCAAAAGCUUCUUGUGACUGGAGGGGUUCCUCUCCAUCCACAGUCUCCAUUAGCAUCAAAGGAGAGAGUCUCACCAGGCAUCAGAGUUGCCCACAAGUUGCCUCGUCAUAGACCCCUGAAUCGAACCCAGUCAGCUCCACUGCCUCAGAGCACUUUGGCCCAGCUGGUCAUUCAGCAGCAGCACCAGCAGUUCCUGGAGAAGCAGAAACAGUACCAGCAACAGAUUCACAUGAACAAAAUGCUCUCUAAAUCCAUCGAACAGCUAAAGCAGCCUGGCAAUCAUCUAGAAGAAGCUGAAGAAGAGCUUCAUGGAGAUCAUGCUAUGCAGGAAGAAAGAGCUCCCUCUAGUGGUAACAGCAUUAGGGAUGACAGCUGCAGCAUUUGUGUGGAUGACAGAAUAGGACAGCAUGUGGGGGCUGUGAAAGUGAAAGAGGAGCCACUGGACACUGAUGACGAUAAUCAAACCCAGCAAAUGGAAUCUGGGGAGCAGGCUGCUUUUAUGCAACAGCAGAUCCUGGAGCAUCAGCGUAUCCACCAGUUGCAAAUGUACCAGGCUCAGAUGGCUACAGUUGGCAUGGCAGGAUUAGAUAAACAUCGGCCUGUUUCCAGGACCCAGUCUUCCCCUGCUGCUUCCACAUUACCUCAUCCAGCAAUGGACCGGCCCAUCCAGCCUGUCUACAUGACUGGUGUUGUCUAUGACAGUCUAAUGCUGAAGCACCAAUGCAUGUGUGGCAACUACGCCAAUCAUCCUGAGCAUGCUGGAAGAAUACAAAGCAUCUGGUCGAGGCUGCAAGAAACGGGGUUGCUAAACAAAUGCGAGCGAAUUCGAGGUCGAAAAGCCAGUCUGGAGGAAAUACAGCUGGUUCACUCUGAACAUCAUUCACUGCUAUAUGGCACCAGCCCCCUGAACAGACAGAAGCUGGACCCCAGGAAACUCCUAGGCAGCGUGUCUCAAAAAAUCUUUUCCUUGUUGCCUUGUGGGGGACUUGGGGUGGACAGUGACACCAUUUGGAAUGAGCUGCAUUCGUCCGGCGCUGCACGCAUGGCUGUUGGCUGUGUCAUCGAACUGGCUUCCAAAGUAGCCUCUGGAGAGCUGAAGAAUGGUUUUGCUGUUGUAAGGCCCCCAGGCCAUCAUGCUGAAGAAUCAACAGCCAUGGGGUUCUGCUUUUUUAAUUCGGUUGCAAUUACUGCCAAAUACUUGAGAGACAAGCUAAAUAUAGGCAAGAUAUUGAUUGUAGAUCUGGAUGUUCACCAUGGCAAUGGUACACAGCAGGCUUUUUAUGCUGACCCCAGCAUCCUGUAUGUUUCCCUCCAUCGCUAUGAUGAAGGCAACUUCUUCCCUGGCAGUGGAGCCCCAAAUGAGGUUGGAAGAGGCCUUGGCAAAGGAUAUAAUGUAAAUAUUGCUUGGACAGGUGGCUUGGAUCCCCCCAUGGGAGAUGUAGAGUACCUAACAGCAUUCAGGACUGUGAUUAUGCCAAUUGCCAAUGAGUUUGAUCCGGACAUUGUCCUAGUAUCAGCUGGAUUUGAUGCUGUGGAAGGCCACGAUGCUCCAUUAGGCGGGUACAAAGUCACAGCUAAAUGUUUUGGUCACCUAACGCAGCAGUUGCUGAAGCUAGCAGCUGGCCGUGUGGUGCUGGCACUGGAGGGAGGACAUGACCUUACUGCCAUCUGUGAUGCAUCUGAAGCCUGCGUAAAUGCCCUUCUAGGAAAUGAGCUGGAGCCUCUCCCAGAAGAUAUGCUGCACCAAACCCCUAAUAUGAAUGCAAUGGCUUCUUUACAAAAGGCCACUGAAAUUCAAAGCAAGUACUGGAAGUCAGUGAAGCCGUAUCCUGUGCUAGUGGGUUGUGCUCUGGCUGAGACUCAGAAACAAGAGAGAGAGGAGACGGAGACUGUCUCUGCUAUGGCCUCACUGACAGUGGAUGUUGAACAGUCUUUUUCUCAGGAAGACAGCAGAGCUGCUGGCGAGCCCAUGGAAGAAGAGCCAGCCUUGUGAAGUGCCAAGUCCUCCCUGAUAUUUCCUGUGUGUGACAUCAUUGUGUAUCCCCCCAAAGCACCCUCAGACAUGUCUUGUCUGCUGCUUGGGUGGCACAGAUCAGAUGGAACAUAAACACUGGGCACAAAACUCUGAACAGCAGCUUCACUUGUUCUUUGGAUGGACUUGAAAGGGCCCUAAAGAUUCCUUAAAUGUAACCACUACAAUUCUAAAGUUACAAUAAAUCAGGCUUGAGAGAAAGAGCCUAGUGCAUGCUUUUAAUAUGCUGUGUGACCCACUCACUGACAUAAAUUGUGAAAUAGAAAUAUUAAAAUAUUCUACAUGAUAGAUUAUUGAUAGCUACAAGAAUUGCAACAUCCAGCAAAAUUCUGGGGAAACUCCACGAAUCACUCUUUCUGACAUUCUGAAACACUUUUUACUGGGUAAUUGUUUUCACACUGUGUUAAAUUGUUAAUAGAAUUUGUUUUCUGUGCUCAGUGUAAUGAAAUAAUGGAUAGCUCAUAAACUGUGUCUUAUUUAAGGCAACGUACUGAAAUCUUGUUUGGAUAAAUUAAAGACGUAAAUUAGGAUGAGGGAAUUUUAGCUAAAAAGAAAGCACUGCUUACUGUACUUUAAGUCCCCCAAAGUACUGUGCUUAGUGGUGCUUUAUUUUAUUUUCUCUCUUUCUAGAAUUAUAUCCCUGUUUAAUGUAUAAUUUUAUAUCAAUAACACCAUAAUCAAGGUUCUCUACAAGAGUGAUCUUCUGCCUUUUUAAAAAUGCUGCACUCUGCAUAGUUGACAGUAGCUUUCAGCAUAUGUGCAUUAGAGACUCAAAUAAUCUCUGAAAAAUGGAUGACUUUUCAAAAGUUGUUUCAGUUUAUUUUGCAUCCUGACUUUCAGAAGAAAAAGUAUCUGUGUGCAGCUCAUUGGAAGCUCAGGUGUUUCUGCAGUGAUCAUUUGUUGAGAGGUUUUUUUUACAUCACCAUCUGAAUGCAAACAGAUUAUUUUCAUUACUGCAGACCCACAGAAGUUAGUGUUGCUUAAAAAGUUUCAAAGGGUUUAGUCUAUAUUUUAGAUCCUUUAAAGCAAAAUGUCCUUGAAAAGUGACUUUAACUCCUUAAAUUAAUGUUUGAGAGCGUAACAUAGAAUUGUGCCUUUAGCUGAUAAUGAACACCUAAACUAUUACACAUGUUGCCUUACUGUCAGAGAAGGUAAAAGGGAACAGGGCAUUUAUGUAGAAUACUUUAAAUAAACACAAAUUGUGAUACAGCAAGUUUAGUUUUGUUUACAACUUGCCCCCCACCACCAGUCAACCCUGGGAGCUGUUUUACUUACCUUGAAGAAUUCUACUUGCAGUAUUUGAAAGCUGGCUUUGCUUUUGAAAGUAAGUGAUGUUCAUUUUUUAUAUAUUUUCCAAACUCAAAGGAUAUAUUAAAGCCAUAAGUGAAGACUGUCAUGCUUUUUAUUCAGAAAUCUGAAAGAAACCUUAAUUAAAACAAGAUUUUGGGGAAUGCCAUGAUAUGAAAGAUAUGGAACAAUAUGGUUUCAGUUAUAGGGGACUCAAACCUGUAAAUCAAAGAUGAAAGAUUUCACUCAAAUAGAAUUAUAUAAUUCUCUUUUGUUAUGCAGUCAGACUAUAUUUUUCAAGCAUUUGGGUUUGUUUACAAUUAGCAUUUUAAUUUUAAAGACUUUUAUUACUUAUACAAAAAGUCUCUUGGAAAUCUUGGAAAUUUGAGGCACUCUUUGAAAUAGGAAAUCUGAAAGGAAUGUAAUUUCCUAUAACAUGAAGUAGACUUCUAUUCUAUUUUGAAAGAGUUAUGUUAAAAUGGAUAUAUACCAUUCAUUAAUUUUAAAAAUAAAAUAAAAUUCUACCCACACUUUUAUGAGCUAAUUCCUGCUUGUUUUACUAAUGCAAAUAGUCCCAACAGGCUAAAUUCAUUCGGGUGUAAUUCUCUCCCAUGGAAUUACACCAAAGCUGAAUAUAGUCCAUUGACUCGAAUGGGACUAUUCGGAUAAAUAAAGCAAUCAGGAUUUGGUCCUGUAUUAUCAAAGGAGCUUGUCACAACAAUCUUACCUGCCAGUUAUUGCAAUUUUCUAGUAAUCAUCAAAGAAACUGUGCUUCAAGGAAACCAAGAACCAUGGCUGAUGGAUUGGGUAUUUUAAAAAGUUUGUCCUGGUUUAAAACAAUGUGUAAUAUUUUAAUUGGAUACAUAAUUGAGAAGAUUUAAAAAUAACCUAAAAAUCUAUUUGCAUUUUCUAGCAUAUAUGCAAAUAAGAAUUACUGAUCUACAGUAAUGUAACUCUGUAUUUAUGGGGGGGGGAAUGUGCAGGCAUCAGCUAAGUCAGUCUUGGUAAUAGGAAUCAUUUUACAAAUUCCAAGACCAUUUGGAUUAAAAACACAUUAUUAAAUCAAUCACACAUUCAUGCUUUCCUAUAGACAGAUAUUCAUAUAUAAAUGUACACUGUUGGUUCCAGUUAGAAUCAUUUGGAUAAGCAAAUGUGCAGAUAAACUACACAUAGGAUUAAUUACAGAUGAACGUGUGCCUGCUCUUGUUCCCACUGAAGUCAAUAACAAAACACUCAUUGAUUUAAAUGGAAGGAAGAUCAGGCCUUCUAUUUGCAAGUUCAGAGCACCAUUGCUUUUUGAUUAUACCAUUACAAGACACACCAUAGCCCUGUGGGAUGUGACUGAGGCUUAUGGAGAAUAUCAACACUCUCUUUAAAACAAACCAGUGCUUUCUGAGAGGGCAGUUUCACUUGCUGCUGUUUUAUUCUCACCUUGUUUUUUUAAUUUUUAUUAUCAACAAUAGCUCCCUAUAGGAUGCUGUUAGACUCUCUCCUAUUUAAGCACAGAUUUUAGCCAUAUCUCUUGGUCAAUAAUCACACUACCCACUUAAAAAUGCUUGUUUCCAAAAGUGUUCACUAAUUUUAGGUAUCUCCAUUUUUCAGUCUCCAAGUUUAGACACAUAAGAACUAAUUUACAGAGGAAUGGCAGAUUUGUAGCGCCCAUUGACUUAAACUUGAGUUGGACACGACUGGCACUUCUGAAAAUUAGGCCUCCAGGGUCUAAAGUUGGCCACCAAAAAAAAUGAGGCUCACAAAAUUAGAUUACUUCUGAAAAUGUGGGCCUAAAUAGUCAUACAAUGGGACAUUCCUAUGGGAGCCACGAUGUCAUGGAGAAGGUGGAGUCAAAGGAGGUAUACAGAGGCCCUGGACCUCCAUGUGAUUCUCCUACCCACUAUGGAAGUCAGAACCGCAGCAAGUUUGGGAGACUCCCCCACCAUUUCUAUGGGUGUAAACCCCUGGUUCAGGUGGAAGACCUUGCAGGAAAUUCAGAAUAGAAACUCAUAGUGAUUCUAAGCCCCUGUAUCUGAUAAACCAGAUGGUAAUAGCAUGUAGCACAAUAUGAAGGCCAACUUGUUUUUCUCCACUAUAAUACCUUUACCGGACUGGGGUGGAAAUAACAAUGAAUAUUCAACUGCUAAUAACUCAGUGUAUCCUGUGGUUCAUUUUCUGACUUUUCUUGUGGGAAUCAUAUGUGUACUAAUUUGCUUUAGUACAAGCUGCAGCAAUUAUGGGCCUGAUUCUGUGGUUCUUACUUCCCACAAAAGUAAUCCAAGUCCACAGAAGUCUGGCCAAUGUGAGGACUGCAGGAUUGGUCCUUUGCUUGCAUACCUACUUAAUUUUACUUACCAUGAAAGUGAGGAAACUAGUUUGAGGAAAUCAAACCUGAAAAAUCCACUAACGUUUCUUAUAUAAAACUAAUAAAAUAACUAGAGAAUAAAAAUAGCUCUUAUAUAAGCAAAGAUUACUUUGUCUUUUAUAUUAAAAAAAAACCACCAACAAAGCACAGCUAAGGAUACGGUGGCAAAAUUAUUCUCUGUCUGGAAUGUCUUGGGGUUUUUUUUUCCUGCAGAUAUCUUGUCUGAGUACAAACUCCCUUAAAAGCUGGGAAGCAUAAUUGGAGAUGAAAUAUUAGAAAGGUUGUGCUGCAGCCAACUCCAGAGGUACUGUAGAGACCAAGAAUUGGAGACAGACUAGUUUGUGUAGACAUACAGCUAAACACUUUCAGGGCAAUCUGUCUGGAACUAGGAACCCAGGGGACGGUUUCCAAAGGCACAAAUGGCAAUUAGGCACCUAACUCCCAUUAACUUGUAGUGCAAAGUGCCUAACUGCCAUCUACACCUCUGAAAAUUCCUCUCCCCUUCCAAAAAAAAAAAAAAUAGCGACAAUUAGGUGCACUGCCCUUAAAAUGUGCUCCAUGUAAUCAUCCCUCUCAUCCAAAACCAAAACCAAAAUGCACAAGCCUCGAGGAGAGAUGGUGUCUAACAUGAGAGCUAUAGAGAAAUAGAAGGUUCUGCUCCAGUGGUCCUUCCAAAGACCUAAAUAACAGUGCACAGUUGUUUUAUUUUAAAAGGUCACCCAUAAGGCCUGGUGAACCACUGUAAAGUGUGUGGGCGGGGGAGGGAGGAGGGAAGGGUUCUUUUCUUUUCUUUUUUCUUCUAGACUCCAUAUGGAAGUAAAAGAGAAUAAAUAUGUUGAUAGGGGGAACCUGCUGGGAAAGAAUUUCUCUUAACUCUGCUACCUGGAAUUGGAAGGGUUUGGGGAUUUCAUUGUUUCUUCAGCUUUUACUUUUUCACUUCACUUAUUAUGUGUUUCAUUUUAACUAUACUUUUAUUUGCAGAGUACAAAAUCUGUUAGUUCUGACAGAAGCCUCUGUGCUUGAUGUGGGAAUAAGAAUAACUUAUCUCCGUCACUUCUCACAGAAUAAACAAUCUUCUUUAUUUGCAAUUAAAUGCUUAGUUUUGUAACAGA